GCUCGUGGACGGCUGACCAAUAGCCGGCGCGCGCAGGAUACGCAGAAAGUAAAUACUGCGACGGAGAAAUGGUGAAAAGCGGGCGAAUACGCCGUUUCUGAUUCAUUGUUUUGCGUCCGACUGUACGAAUUUACACAUUUUUUUUUUUUGUCGUUUUGGCUGUGAGCUGGAGAGAGAAUGAAGCGUUUCAUCGUCAGUCUUCGCUGAGGUCCGCGGAUACCUGUUAGGUUCGGCGCUCGACAGACACACGUCGAAUUGGACCUUUUUGCGAGUGCGUCUUUUCCCCUCAGUCCAAUGGCAGCGCCUUCGUGCUCUUUUACCUCAUUGUGCAGUGUGUACAUGCGUUGAGGGAGCUUUGCAAGCGGAACUCCGUGUGAUGCAGAGGGCGUUUUAAAACGCCGGUGUGGCGAUGUGCCGCUAGACUAGUCCCGCCUGGCUCAGCUGCGUGCGGGUUUUUAGCGCCGACGGCACGAACCGAGAGCGUGUGCGCACGCGGCAGAGGAAAACAACAAUAACAAAUAGAAAAAAGGAGGGGGAAAGAAAAAGAAAAAAAAACAGAAGGAUUUGAAGGACAGAGUGUAAGGAAAGAACAUGACUAUGUCCGUCCCGGAGAUGAGCUCGGGGUCCGGCGGGAAGGAGGAGGAGAGCGAGGACGAGAGCGAGAUCGUGGAGGAGAGCCCGUGCGGCCGCUGGCAGAAGCGCAAAGAGCAGGUAAGCCAGGGCAAUGUCCCCGGCAUCGAGAGCGCUUCUCUGGCCAUGGACACAGAGGAAGGCGUGGAGGUGGUGUGGAAUGAGGUGUUGUUCUCUGACCGAAAGGUGUUCAAAGCCCUGGAGGAUAAAAUCAAGGAGAUGUUUGAGAAUCUGAUGCAGGUGGAACACCCCAACAUUGUCAAGUUCCACAAGUACUGGUUGGAUAUGAGGGAGAGUCAAGCAAGGGUAGUAUUUAUCACAGAAUACAUGUCUUCAGGGAGUCUGAAACAGUUUUUAAAGAAAACCAAGAAAAACCACAAGACUAUGAAUGUGAAGGCAUGGAAGCGAUGGUGUACGCAAAUCCUGUCUGCCCUCAGUUACCUGCACUCCUGUGACCCCCCUAUAAUCCAUGGGAACCUCACGUGUGACACCAUUUUCAUUCAGCACAAUGGACUCCUCAAGAUUGGCUCAGUGUGGCACAGGCUGUUUGUCAAUGGGUUUUGCAAUGGCAGAAGACGGAAACAGAAGACUUUAUUUCCUUUAGUCUGUCUACCUUUACCAGUGUUUCCAGAAGCCAGUGUUCAUGGCAAAGUGAGGCACCAUCGAGAUGAGCAAAGGAACAUGCACUUCUUCUCUCCGGAGUAUGGCUCUGGUGAAGAUGACUAUGCUAUUGACAUCUUCUCCUUUGGCAUUUGUGCCCUGGAGAUGGCUGUGUUGGAAAUCCAGGCCAACGGAGACUCUAUUGUAUCUCAAGAGGCCAUAACUAAUGCAGGGCAGUCGCUAGAAGAUCCACUCAUGAGGGAGUUCACCCAGUCCUGUGUGCAACAUGAGGCCAAGCUGAGGCCCACGGCACAUGACCUGCUCUUCCAUCGUGUGCUGUUUGAGGUUCAUUCGCUCAAGCUGCUGGCGGCUCACUGCUUGAUCAACAACCAGUACCUUCUCCCUGAGAACUGUGUUGAAGAGAAGACAAAGUCCUUUGACCCGAAUGCUAUCAUGGCCGAGAUUGAACACAAAGAUCGACCAGGAGUACAACUAAAAUACUCCCAUGUCUCUCCUCUUGAACUGGACAAGUUCCUUGAAGAUGUCAAGAAUGGCAUAUACCCCCUAAUGAACUUUGCUUCUGCACGGCCCCACCCCAUUCCUCGCACGCUUUCACUGUCUCAGGAGAAUGUGGAGGCGGUGAAGACGCCUACCCCUGAGCCACAGGAAAUGGAGACGCGAAAGGUUGUCCAGAUGCAGUGUAACAUGGAGUCCAAUGAAGAAGGGACCAAAACCCAUCUCUCUCUCUUGCUGAAGAUGGACGACAAGCUCAUUCGACAGCUCAGCUGCGACAUUCUACCCACGGACAGCUCCAAGGACCUGGCCAGCGAGCUGGUUCACUACGCCUUCAUCAGUGAGGAGGAUGGCGAGAAGCUGGCCAGUUUCCUGGAGGACGCGCUCUGUAAACACCGGCUUGGCUUUGCACGCUCCUCCAGCGCUACAACCAUGAUGCACUGACAAAUGCACCGGGUGGGGGUAGGGCUGAGGCACUGGCGCACUUGGAAUAGGCCCAUGCUGAGGGAGCUCGGGAGAUGGGACACGUAGAGACAAAAGAAGGGAGGAGCGCUUGGGGCUCAUUGCAGGACAGCGGGGCGAGCUGCAUCAGGAGGCUGUUGCCGGUGGAUCAGACUGCUGUGAGAGAUGGGCGAACCCCCCGGAAAGCCCUCUGCCCGAAGGCCUGGCAUAGGGACGCGUCCAGCCAUCCUACUGUAGAAUCCUUGUUCAUAUAGACCCGCCCACUUUUGCUUAAAAGCUGCCUUGCGAUGUAUUCCUGUAUGAAUUUGCCCUGUCUUCUCAACAGUUUGUCAGCGGAAAGGCAAAACCACCUCUUGUUCAAAGUUGAAUGAACACCUUGCAUUUAGGACUUCAGCGUGACAGCUUUUCAAUCUUUGAAUGUGUCCCAUCGUAUCUAGGCUGUUUCGAGGAGCAAGCCAAGUUAUUCAAAGCCAACAAUACAAGAUGACGACUCUAGAAUUGAUCGGGAGUAAAGGUGUCAUUGAUAUCUGAUAAUUAAGGACUGAAAAUGUUCAUCCAAAGUGAACCAAAUAUUUUGCUUAGUGCGGUGUCCACAAGGCUGGGACAAGGGUUCCGGUGUUUUCCGUAUAGCAGGGCCCUUUCGCAGCUGACUUCUGUCGUGGUCAGGAAUUCUUAUUUAUAGCAGAAACGUUACCUGUGAAUGAGAUUGUGAGGUUCAGCAAGUCAUUGUGGAACAAAAAGUGCCUCCAGGAAGUCAGAAUGUUGCUCUAGAACCCUGUCUGUUGGAGCGUGACAUUUAGCGGGAAGCAGUUUAUGGUUUGGGCUCCUGUUGUGCUUCAGGGUGACAAAAGUUUUUUUUUUUUUUUUUAUAUGUGCAUU